CGGUGGUGGUGGUGCUGGGCCAGAGGAAGAAAAGGACACGGAGGCCGCCCUCGCCCCGCCACCCUCCACCCGCUUUCCCCCCGCCCCGGCUCCGGGAGAUGUGCCGGGCGGGGGGCUCGGGGUCGCGGAGCCGCAGGAGAAACGCGCAGGGCCGACCCCAGAGCUACGCUGGACAGGCUGGUGGGCUAGGCUGUGGUGCCUGCCUGGUGAGGUGGGGCGAGGCCCCUCGCAGAGGUCACUGAGAGUCUCGGACGUGUGCCCGGCCGCCGACAUGGCCCGCCUGGCUGCCGUGCUCUGGAGUCUCUGCGUCACCGCUGUCCUGGUCACUUCAGCCACCCAAGGCCUCAGCCGGGCUGGGCUCCCAUUCGGGCUGAUGCGCCGGGAGCUGGCGUGUGAAGGUUACCCCAUCGAGCUGCGGUGUCCGGGCAGUGACGUCAUCAUGGUGGAGAACGCCAACUAUGGGCGCACAGACGACAAGAUCUGCGACGCAGACCCCUUCCAGAUGGAGAACGUGCAGUGCUACCUGCCUGAUGCCUUCAAGAUCAUGUCUCAGAGGUGUAACAACCGAACCCAGUGCGUGGUAGUGGCCGGCUCUGACGCCUUCCCUGAUCCCUGUCCUGGGACCUACAAGUACCUGGAGGUGCAGUACGACUGUGUCCCCUACAAAGUGGAGCAGAAAGUCUUCGUAUGUCCAGGGACGCUGCAGAAGGUGCUGGAGCCCACGUCCACGCACGAGUCGGAGCACCAGUCCGGCGCGUGGUGCAAGGACCCGCUGCAGGCCGGCGACCGCAUCUACGUCAUGCCCUGGAUCCCCUACCGCACGGACACGCUGACCGAGUACGCCUCGUGGGAGGACUACGUGGCCGCGCGCCACACCACCACCUACCGGCUGCCCAACCGCGUGGACGGCACGGGCUUCGUGGUCUACGACGGCGCCGUGUUCUACAACAAGGAGCGCACGCGCAACAUCGUCAAGUACGACCUGCGCACGCGCAUCAAGAGCGGGGAGACGGUCAUCAACACGGCCAACUACCACGACACCUCGCCCUACCGCUGGGGCGGCAAGACCGACAUCGACCUGGCCGUGGACGAGAACGGGCUGUGGGUCAUCUACGCCACCGAGGGCAACAACGGGCGGCUGGUGGUGAGCCAGCUGAACCCCUACACGCUGCGCUUCGAGGGCACGUGGGAGACCGGCUACGACAAGCGCUCGGCCUCCAACGCCUUCAUGGUGUGCGGCGUCCUCUACGUGCUGCGCUCCGUCUACGUGGACGACGACAGCGAGGCGGCCGGCAACCGCGUGGACUACGCCUUCAACACCAACGCCAACCGCGAGGAGCCCGUCAGCCUGGCCUUCCCCAACCCCUACCAGUUCGUGUCCUCCGUGGACUACAACCCCCGCGACAACCAGCUCUACGUGUGGAACAACUACUUCGUGGUGCGCUACAGCCUGGAGUUCGGGCCGCCCGACCCCAGCGCUGGCCCAGCCACCUCCCCGCCCCUCAGCACAACCACCACAGCUCGGCCCACACCCCUCACCAGCACAGCCUCGCCUGCAGCCACCACCCCACUGCGCCGGGCACCCCUCACCACACACCCAGUGGGUGCCAUCAACCAGCUGGGACCUGAUCUGCCUCCAGUCACAGCCCCAGCACCCAGCACCCGGCGGCCCCCAGCCCCCAAUCUGCACGUGUCCCCAGAGCUCUUCUGUGAGCCCCGAGAGGUGCGGCGGGUCCAGUGGCCAGCCACCCAGCAGGGCAUGCUGGUGGAGCGGCCUUGCCCCAAGGGAACUCGAGGAAUUGCCUCGUUCCAGUGUCUGCCAGCCUUGGGACUCUGGAAUCCUCGGGGCCCUGACCUCAGCAACUGCACGUCCCCCUGGGUCAACCAGGUGGCACAGAAGAUUAAGAGUGGAGAGAACGCAGCCAACAUUGCCAGUGAGCUGGCACGCCACACACGGGGCUCCAUUUAUGCGGGAGACGUGUCUUCUUCCGUGAAGCUGAUGGAGCAGCUGCUGGACAUUCUGGAUGCCCAGUUGCAGGCCCUGCGGCCUAUCGAGCGCGAGUCGGCCGGCAAGAACUACAACAAGAUGCACAAGCGUGAGAGAACCUGCAAGGAUUACAUCAAGGCCGUGGUGGAAACAGUGGACAACCUGCUCCGGCCAGAGGCACUGGAGUCCUGGAAGGACAUGAAUGCCACGGAGCAGGUGCACACGGCUACCAUGCUCCUGGACGUCUUGGAGGAGGGUGCCUUCCUGCUGGCUGACAACGUCAGGGAGCCCGCCCGCUUCCUGGCUGCCAAGCAGAACGUGGUCCUGGAGGUCACCGUCCUGAACACGGAAGGCCAGGUGCAGGAGCUGGUGUUCCCGCAGGAGUACCCCAGCGAGAACUCCAUCCAGCUGUCCGCCAACACCAUCAAGCAGAAUAGCCGCAACGGGGUGGUCAAAGUGGUCUUCAUCCUCUACAACAACCUGGGCCUCUUCCUGUCCACGGAGAAUGCCACAGUGAAGCUGGCAGGCGAAGCAGGGGCAGGGGGCCUGGGUGGCGCCUCUCUGGUGGUCAACUCCCAAGUCAUCGCGGCGUCCAUCAACAAGGAGUCCAGCCGUGUGUUCCUCAUGGACCCUGUCAUCUUCACCGUGGCCCACCUGGAGGCCAAGAACCACUUCAAUGCGAACUGCUCCUUCUGGAACUACUCGGAGCGCUCCAUGCUGGGCUACUGGUCGACCCAGGGCUGCCGCCUGGUGGAGUCCAACAAGACCCACACCACGUGUGCCUGCAGCCACCUCACCAACUUUGCUGUGCUCAUGGCACACCGAGAGAUCUACCAGGGCCGCAUCAAUGAGCUGCUGCUGUCGGUCGUCACGUGGGUGGGCAUCGUGAUCUCGCUGGUCUGCCUGGCCAUCUGCAUCUCCACCUUCUGCUUCCUGCGGGGCCUGCAGACCGACCGCAACACCAUUCACAAGAACCUGUGCAUCAACCUGUUCCUGGCCGAGCUGCUCUUCCUGGUUGGGAUAGACAAGACUCAGUAUGAGAUCGCCUGCCCCAUCUUCGCGGGACUGCUGCACUACUUCUUCCUGGCUGCCUUCUCCUGGCUGUGCCUGGAGGGUGUGCACCUCUACCUGCUGCUGGUGGAGGUGUUCGAGAGCGAGUACUCCCGCACCAAGUACUACUACCUGGGCGGCUACUGCUUCCCGGCCCUGGUGGUGGGCAUCGCAGCAGCCAUUGACUACCGCAGCUACGGCACCGAGAAGGCCUGCUGGCUCCGAGUGGACAACUACUUCAUCUGGAGCUUCAUCGGGCCGGUCUCCUUUGUUAUUGUGGUGAACCUGGUGUUCCUCAUGGUGACCCUGCACAAGAUGAUCCGAAGCUCAUCCGUGCUCAAGCCUGACUCCAGUCGUCUGGACAACAUUAAGUCCUGGGCCCUGGGGGCCAUCGCGCUGCUCUUCCUGCUGGGCCUUACCUGGGCCUUCGGCCUCCUCUUCAUCAACAAGGAGUCGGUGGUCAUGGCCUACCUCUUCACCACCUUCAACGCCUUCCAGGGGGUCUUCAUCUUCGUCUUUCACUGCGCCUUACAGAAGAAGGUGCACAAGGAGUACAGCAAGUGCCUGCGUCACUCGUACUGCUGCAUCCGCUCCCCACCUGGGGGCGCUCACGGCUCCCUUAAGACCUCAGCCAUGCGGAGCAAUACCCGCUACUACACAGGGACCCAGAGCCGGAUCCGGAGGAUGUGGAAUGACACGGUGAGAAAACAGACUGAGUCCUCCUUCAUGGCGGGUGACAUCAACAGCACCCCUACUCUAAACCGAGGUACCAUGGGGAACCACCUGCUGACCAACCCUGUACUGCAACCCCGUGGGGGCAGUAGCCCCUACAACACGCUCAUCGCUGAGUCGGUGGGCUUCAACCCCUCCUCACCCCCUGUCUUCAACUCCCCAGAGCACCCCCUGGGAGGCCGGGAAGCCUGCGGCAUGGACACCCUGCCUCUCAAUGGCAACUUCAACAACAGCUACUCCUUGCGGAGCGGGGAUUUCCCUCCCGGGGACGGGGCCCCUGAGCCCCCACGAGGCCGGAACCUGGCCGACGCGGCCGCCUUCGAGAAGAUGAUCAUCUCGGAGCUGGUGCACAACAACCUGCGAGGCGGGGGCGGGGGUGCCAAGGGCCCCCCGCCGCCCGAGCCCCCCUUGCCACCUGUGCCAGGGGGCGGCGGCGAGGAAGAGGCGGGCGGGCCCGGCGGUGCUGACCGGGCGGAGAUCGAACUUCUCUACAAGGCCCUGGAGGAGCCACUGCUGCUGCCCCGGGCCCAGUCGGUGCUGUACCAGAGCGACCUGGAUGAGUCGGAGAGCUGCACGGCUGAGGACGGCGCCACCAGCCGGCCCCUCUCCUCCCCUCCGGGCCGGGACUCCCUCUAUGCCAGCGGGGCCAACCUGCGGGACUCGCCCUCCUACCCGGACAGCAGCCCCGAGGGGCCCAGCGAGGCCCUGCCCCCACCCCCACCUGCACCCCCUGGCCCCCCAGAAAUCUACUACACCUCACGCCCACCGGCCCUAGUGGCCCGGAACCCCUUGCAGGGCUAUUACCAGGUGCGGCGGCCCAGCCAUGAGGGCUACCUGGCUGCCCCGGGCCUCGAGGGGCCAGGGCCCGAUGGGGAUGGGCAGAUGCAGCUGGUCACCAGCCUCUGAGGGGAUCUCAUGGACCAGGGGC